UUAAAGAAAGAAACGAAAGAGACGAGAAAAGAGAAAGGAGAAGGCGAAGGCGGAGGCGGAGGCGGAGGAAGAGGAAGAAGCAAGAAAGAUAGAAGCAGUCAGCACGAUACUCACUCCUCCCCUUCUAAGCCAUCCUAGUCUAGUUAUCCACAUACCAUAUUUACUGCAGAUCUAUCUAUCUAUCUAUAUUCCCAAUGGAUGACCUCGAUGUGUUAGCUCAAGACUUCGGUUUUCGACCUGCUGGAAUCGCACCAAUGAGAUCCGACGGCCGCUCCUCCUCCGUCCGAUCAUCCACCUCUUCUUUUGAUGAUCCUGAUGGUGUGCUAUUCAACGAUGUCUUCGGUGGCCCUCCUAAAUACACGAACACAAGUUACGCCGAUUUCAAUUGCGAUUCUAUUUUCAAAUCCGGCAAGACCAAUAACAACAAUGAUGACAACAUCAAAACCUCCUCCUUGCCUGUCUAUGACAAGCCAGUGUAUGGCGAGGAUAUGUUUGACGAAUUACCGGGAGUGAAAAGCAAAUCCGUAUCUUCAUCCGAUGACGUUUUUCCUACAAUCACUUCCCCAAACCACAAUAAGAGUCAUUUUGAUGAUCUGUUGGGAAAUUUGGGAAUAAAUGAACCAAAGACCAGUGCUUCCUCUGAGUUCGAUGAUUUACUAGCUGGCUUUGCAAGUGCUAGACCUGGCACCAGUAGCAGGUCAUUUACAGAGUCAACCUAUCCCUCCAAACCAGCUGGAGAUUCAAAUAAAAGCUCUGGUGUGCAGGAUGAUCCUUUUGUCGUGUUAGAGUCGACCUCGGCGCCAGCAAAUUCUACUCCCGGGGAGUUUUCAGAUCCACUGGAAGAGAUUGCUAAGCUUGGUAAAUCUGGAACUGCGAAAACUGGUGCUUCAUCAGUUGGUGGAGGGGUGUUUGAUGAUCUAGAUCCACUUAGUGGUUUUAAUAAGCCUGUUCGUCCACUUUUCCCUGAGAAGAAGACUGGAGGGAAGGACAGGAGCCCGUCAAAGGUGGGACCAGGAAGGCGUGAUGCACCUACCUCAAGAGAGACUAUUGGGACACAGUCAUUUAGAUAUUCUGGAAGCCACUCGCAGAAAAAAGCACCUGGGGAUAGUUUUCAAGAGUCUCCCCAUUUUGACAUGCCUUCGGAAGAUCCUCUGAGAUCUUUUGGUGAAGCUGCUCCUCCUCCAUAUGCAGAUAAUGAUCUUCAUGAAACAAACUUCCAAGUGGAUACAUCCCCACGAUCGGAACAACACGUGUGGGCUUUUGAUGAUAUAUGGCUUACUGUAUCAGAGAUUCCUCUUUUUACACAGCCUACAAGUGCUCCACCUCCAUCGCGACCACCACCUCUAAUACCACGGCACAGUUCAAAGCUAGAAGCAAGUUUUUUCGCUUCAAAUGCAAGGAAGGGUGAGGGGUACUCCUCCCCUUAUCACAACCAGUACUCUGAGAGUCCCAAGCCAGUUUGUCCUGCAGUUAAAAGCCCUCCAGUCUCGCAGUUGGAUGAACUUGAGGAUUUUGCCAGGGGUUGGUCUCAGAGUAAUAUUGAUGAAAAUGCUGAUGUUCUUUCUGAAGAAGUGAUGAAUGCAAACUCCGUAGCUGCUGCAUCAGCAGCUGCAAUAAAGGAGGCUAUGGAUAGAGCCGAGGCCAAAGUUAGACAUGCUAAGGAAGUACGAGAAAGAGAAUAUGCAAAGUCUGGUAAGAUUAAGGAAGCUGUACAUCUGGAAAGGGUUGAACAAGCAAUAAAUGAAGUGCAGGAAAGAGAGUUUCGAGAAAACCAGGAGAGACUAGAAAAUGAGAGGCGACAGCGUGGGAAGGAAGAGAAAGAAAGAGCACAAAGGAAGGUUGAGAGAGAAAGGGAGAGAGUCAGGGAGAUUGAAAAAGAAAGGGCUCGGCAGGCGGUAGAACGGGCUACAAGAGCAGCAGCUGGGGCACGGGACAGGGCUGCUGCUGAAACCCGUUUAAAAGCAGAGAGAGCUGCUGUGGAGAUGGCUGCAGCUGAAGCUUGAGGACGAGCUGAAAAGGCUGCAGUUCAGAGAGCACAAGCAGAAGCUCGCGAAAGAGCUGCAGCAGAAGCUAAAGAAAGAGAUGAAAAGGCAGCUGCAGAAGCAAGAGAAAAAGGACAUGAAAAAGCUUCUGAUGCGAAGGCGGUAGUUGAGGCACGAAGGCGAACGGAGCGAGCAGCAGUAGAGAGAGCAGCUGCAGAAGCUCGAGAAAGGGCAGCUGUAGAGGCUCAAGAAAGGGCAGCUGCAUCUGCAAGGAUGAACCAACAAAGAAAUGAUAAUGAUCUUGAAUCCCUUUUUAGUAUGGGUAGAGUCAGUAGUGCACCAAAGAUGAGAACAAGUACUCCUGCCAAUGUAUUUGAUUCACAGUUCCUGAAUAAGGCAGGAUCUGAAGGGCCAAAAUCAACAGCUGGUGUAGCCUCCUCUAACAUGAGGAAAGCAUCUUCCACUACUAGUUUCGUGGAUGAUCUUUCUUCUAUUUUUGGAGCUUCUGCAUCAUCUGGAGAAUUCCAAGAUGUUGAAGGGGAAACUGAAGAAAGAAGAAGAGCAAGAAUAGAACGUCAUCAACGUACUCAGGAGCGUGCGGCUAAAGCUUUGGCUGAGAAGAAAUAACGUGACCUUCAAGUGCAGAGGGAGCAGGAAGAAAGACAUAGAAUUUCUGAAACAUUAGAUUUUGAGAUCAAGCGAUGGGCUGCUGGAAAAGAGGGAAACCUGCAUGCACUUUUAUCAACUUUGCAAUAUGUGCUUUGGCCUGAAUGUGGUUGGCAGCCUGUGUCCUUGACAGAUUUGAUUAUGGGCGCCUCUGUCAAAAAAGUAUAUAGCAAAGCAACACUUCGUAUUCAUCCUGAUAAGGUGCAGCAAAAAGGUGCCAACCUUCAACAAAAAUAUAUUGCCAAGAAGGUUUUUGACCUACUUAAGGAGGCGUGGAACAAAUUCAAUUCCGAGGAACUCUUCUAGAUGCUGUAUUUGAUUAGAUUUAGCUCUCUUUUGGGAUUUUCAGAGGUGGGUAAAUUUUUCCUAAAGUACGCUCGUCUUUGCUAUGUCUCUGAUAUCUGGCAUUCCCCAGCAUGAGGCGUUUGGUUGAUUUCUAAAGAUGGUCUUUCUAGCAGUGAUGAUGAAAGUAAAUUCACCGUGUCUGUAAAUUCAUGUCAAUGUCAGAGACCUGUGGGCAACUGGUUGGUGUAGAGUAGCAUUAUUUCCAAUCCUGUUGUGCCUUCUAUAUUGCAUUUGGUCACCCUCUGCAGGUGAUCAUUUUGUCUUCAAUAUUCUUUUUUGGUUUCUUUCCUGUGAUGCUGCAUUUGUUUGUGCUGGAAGCAUUUGUUUGUGCUGGAAGAGAUAUCAGUGUUGUCAGCUAAUAUGCAACAUGGAAGGAGCAUUAGCAGCGUAUCAUACAAGAUGUAAAAUCCUAUGUAAUUUCCCAUUCAUUUAUGUGAAUUUUGUUUUACAUGAGUAAAAACAAUCUCUUUAGAUUUUAUAAGAUCGAGUAUUGUCAAAGCUCGUAUGCUUCAUUUCAAA